AUGAAAAGUGAGAUAACAUUAAAACAAGAUGACUUGACUAAAUACCAUUCAAAAGUUCUUACACUAUACGACAAUACCAACUAGGAAAUAACAUCAAUAGAAAACAAUUCAGAGAAAGCACCUAAAGUAAACAAAGUAGUUGAUGGUUAUUUCAAGAAAACAUUAAUACUCAUUAAGAACACAAUUGGAAGUGCAGAGCGUUUUGUUAACCUUGUCAAGUAAACGUUGAAGCUAAUUGUUUCAACAGUAGAUGAUGAACUUAAUGAUCUACUUUCGCUAACUUUAGAAUCUCAAAAAAAAAAUGAUCUUAAGAUUGAAUCAUAGGUUAUAACCAUAUAAAUCCUGCCAAAGAAGGCGAACUCUACUGAUCUAAAUUAAACUAUUAACAAAGAGUAAAUUUCUCAAUAAUUUAUAAAUUCAACAAGCAAUAGUCUUAAAAUUGGAAAUAAUACUUCGAAUUCUUUGGUUAGCUAUUCAGCUAUCGAAUAAUCUGCUAGCGGUAGCUAGUUGUAAAUAAAUGAACUAAAUGGAAUAAAACAUGAUUUGUAAGAAAUUCUCAAUGUAGCGACAAAUACAUUGGCGAAUACUUAAGAAUUAGACAAAAAUUUGAGUAAAAUAAAUUAGAUACUUGAUAUGUCGCUUUAUGCAAACUUUUAAUCUGUGCAAUUAGAGACUAAAAACAACGUUAGCCUAAACGAACUAGCGGAUAAGGAAAUCUCGAUGUCAGUUAUCUAGGAAGAAAUAAAGUAAAAGGUUGAUGCCUAUCCAAAUUAUUAGAAGGAUAAAUAGAUAGAAGAGAGCAGAAAAGAUCAGGAUUAGCUCAAAUUUAACAAAAGCUUUGACAUAUAUGAUCAUAAUAGGCAGUUAUAAGAAAGUUAGUUCAAUAACUUGCAUUCGGAGAGCUCGAAAAUGUCAAAUAGCAAUUAUAACUAGCAAUUAAACAAAAUAAAUAGCCUUGAUAAUGAAUAUCGAGAUGAGCAACUCUAAAAUAAUACAAUGUAAACGCAAUCGAAUGUCAAUAUAUAUGAGCAAACCUCAGGAUAUAUUCUAGAGGAAUAGCUGAAAAAAGAGAAUGAAAUAAGAGACUUAAGCGAAGAACAGCUUUAUAUCAAUGCUUAAAAAUUGUAAAAUGAUAGCAUGUAAAUUAUCUCAGUUGACCCUGAUAUAUGGGUAAAAGUAAAAGGAUUAAGAAAGGUCAAUAAAGAUUUCUAAGGCAAUCAAAGUAAUUGUAUCGCAGACAAGUAGUAGAUUUAACUAGAGAGUGAUAAGAAAUAGACGAUACUUUUCAUCACUCCAGAUGGAAAUAAUUUAUUUGUCGGGUAAAAUGACUUGAUGUUAAAGACAUACAACAGUGAAGAUUUAUCUACAGAACAUGCUUAUCUAAUGAUUCCAUCAGAACCAAUUUCAUAUCUACUUCAUCAAGAACUCAUCUAUUUGGGGUUAAAUAAUGAUACUGUUGCUAUCUAUGAUCAAAGCAGUUAUACAUUAUUGAGAGAGAUUAAAACAAAAUAAGUUCCUCUGAAGAUUCUACCUUUCAUUACUCAAGAUAUAAAAAGAGAUCAAGAAAGUACUUAUAUUCUAUUCCUUGAAAAAGAUGGACAUAUUGAAUUCUACAGCAUCUAGGAGUAGAAAAUUAUUUUCAGUCACAAACACUCUUGCGGAAUGAGUAUCUAAGAUGCAGUUUAGGUUUUCAAUAAGAAUCAAAUUUGCUUAGGAUUCGCCUAGUUAAUCGAUAAUGUAUACAAAGAUGGUAAACUUGCGUUUGUUGAAAUUAACAUUAGAAACUAUGAUGAUGAUAAAAGAAAAAAUCUCUAAAACCAUAAUUCUAACUCAAAGUAAUAGAUCACGAUAAAAGAGCUGAAUGAAGAAGAUAGAUUCAUAUAAAAGUCAGUAUUUUGCAUCUAGCAGAUUUCAAUGAAUUGCUUUGUUGUUUGUGUCAUUGAUAAAAAUAUCAAGAUCUUCAAUAGAAUUAACAACAAAGUCAUUAAAGACAUAGUAAAUCCUUCAUCAAGCAUAAAUUAUAAUGCUCUGAGAAAGAUAGAUGGCUUUGGAGAUGAACUUCCUUAUCUUUUGUUCAGAGAUUCAAGAACAAUUGGUAUUAUAGACUUCGAUGUGGAAACAUUUAUUGUCUAGAAUAAAAAAGAGAAAAUAAUGGAUAACUGA